UUCCUCUUCUCCCCCUGCCUUGUGCACAUUUCUGUCAACUUUAAGAGGGGAAGUAGCUUUAUAAAUUAUAAGUCAGUUUUGAAAAUGUAUGGGGGAAGAAACAAAAAUUUGGGAGAACAACCUCCUGCCUUUUUUAAAGGCCCUUCUCUCAAAUAUGUCUUUUUUUAGGGGAAAAAUAGAUAUGCUCACCAUAUUUCAGAUCAAUAGAUGUAGGGGAAAAGAAAAAGUGACAAGGUCCAAGAUGUUAUCAGUGAAGUUGGGGUGAAAGAUGAAAGGUAAGAAUGUGUUAGAUGCAACAUUCAAACCUGAGUCUUACCAUGUUGCCUCGAGAGGCAACUGAAGGCAGAAAAAUAUGGAGGAUGAGAAAAAUUGUGCUGUGGGGAAGUAAAUGAAGAGACUGAAGUCUGGGUGUCCUGGCAAUAGAAGAGAUGAGAUGAACACCAGUAUGUAGUUGGACUUUCUCUUAUAGGUAGGCAAUAGACAAACAUCCUAUGACAUCACAUAAGGGAAAGGGAAUGAGAGAAUGUAUGCUUAAGAGAAAUUAUUUCUGGCACUGCUGUACAGCUGAAAGUUAAACCUUGGUACUCAACAAUUUGGGAACUUCUUGAAUUUAUUAUUCAACACCUUUUGAUGAGAAAAGAUUGUCAGAGUAUUAGACGUUUGCUAGGCAUUCAGCACACUUGCUUGAACUUGGUGAUCUACCGGAGACUAUGCCUCCUCCAGGCUCAACGCACAGCAAACAUGAGCAACAUGGAUUUCAAAGCAAUCAGGAUAUAAUGGUAGGGGAGUUUUCUUCAGAAUCUGGAAUAAAUAAUCUUGGCCUAUCUCAGACAAGUCUACGAAAUAUGUAUGAGGAUGAAGAUUUAAUCUCCAGAGCCCUAUCACAACAAAGAUCCGUAGUUGGUUUUCCAAUAGCACGUAGCAACAAGGUCCUGGAUAUGGACAGAAAAGUGGAAAAACGCCUUAAAGAAAAAAUUAUCCUGAAGAACGACUUGGUCAAAGAAAUGAUUGCAGAACUCAUAGGGACAUUUGUGAUGGUUGUCCUUGGAUGUGGUAGUAUAGCCCAAGCAGUCCUCAGCCGGGGGAUCCUGGGUCAAAUUAUAACCAUAAAUGCUGGCUUUUCAGCAGCCGUUGCACUGGGUGUUUAUGUGUCUGGUGGUGUCUCUGGUGGUCACAUUAACCCAGCUGUGUCCUUUACGAUGUGUUUCUUUGGACGGAUGAAAUGGUUCAAAUUGCCUUUCUAUGUAGCAGCCCAGUUUCUGGGGGCUUUUUUAGGGGCUGCAGCCCUCUUUGGAGCUUACCAUGAUGCACUGAUGAACUUCGCUGGAGGAGAACUGAUCACAUAUGGGGAAAAUGCGACAGCACACAUUUUUGCGACCUAUCCAGUUAGUUACCUGUCAGUGCCAAAUGCAUUUGGAGAGCAAGUAUUGUCCUCCAUGUUUCUUCUCUUGAUCGUCUUUGCCAUUUUUGAUGAUAAAAAUUGGAGGGUCCCUAAAGGCCUAGAGCCCUUUGCCAUUUUCAUGCUGAUCCUCGUCCUCACUUGCGCAUUGGGAAUGAACGGUGCCGCCAUGAAUCCAGCUAGAGAUCUGGGUCCCAGAUUGUUCACGGCUCUGGCAGGUUGGGGCUUGGAAGUCUUCAGAGCUGGAAAUAAUUUCUGGUGGAUCCCAGUACUGGGACCUGUGGUCGGCGGUGUUCUAGGAGGCUUCAUCUAUAUUUAUGGCAUUGAAAUUCACCAUGCGAACCCAAAUCCAGGACAAAGACUUCAAAAACUGGAGGAGAAACAUGAAAUUAGUGUGAUAAUGUAAUAGCCUACCUUCUUCUGGGUCUUGCAGUUGAUUAUACCCAAGGGUCUAUAACUAUCUGUUAACUAAAAGUACAGAUCUGAUCAAGUUGUAAGACUGAAAGCUAGGGGGAGACUCACUUGGCCUGCUGGCCCAAUGGGAUAGAUAUUUCACUGAAAAGCAGUGGGCUAGAGGCCACUUUGGCUCUGCAGAUUGAAAGUUCCCCUAGAAAAGCACUUGAGAUAGAAUCUUCUAAUAGAACAGAACUCCUUCUCCCCCUGUUCCCAUUUUGGUUUCAUCCUUGUGGUGGACAUUUGAUUACUGACCUGUUCAUCUAGAUUUAUUCCAGCUGCAUGAUCUGUAAAAAAAAAAUACUUCAUUCAGUGACAUUGUACAUCAGACCUUUUGUUGUAUGAAUCCCAAAGAUUAUUUUUUGAGUACCAAGUUGUGUAUUCAAAAGUAUACAGUUGUCUCCGUUAACUUAUCUGUGUAUGGAAGUUUAUGGCACUUAAGGUUCUAGCCAGUUGUCAACUCUGCUGUUAUAACACAUUCACUGGUUAAACAUGUAUCCUUAGGAAUCAUUUUGCCGAAAAGCUGAGGACCUUUCAAAAGAAAAUAUAAAACAUACUCAUGGUCCUUUAGAUCAACCAUUGGGGAGAGGGGGGAAAAGCACUGGACCAUGUAUCCAUGUCUCUAAUAAAUUGGAGACUGAAUGGGAA